AUGCCACUGCUAAGAAGGCUUUCUUCCAGCUUCAAGAAAAACAAGGGUGCGAAGACCAAUGGCGUCAAUGGUACUCUUGCUGCCGUGGACGAGACGAAGUCUCCGUCUCCUGCUGUGAAUGGUGACCAGGUCAAUGGCACAAGCUCCAAUGGUGCCUCUAUCGGGCAGAGCCUUGAAAAAACAAAGGAUGUUCAACGGCCUUCACCGCCCACACUGGCGACCACUUCGAAUCCUCCAGAGCCAGUGAAAGAGGACGGCAAUAACCUAGCAACACGAAAGGAUGUCGAAAAUGUCUUCACGCAAUUCGCAGCACUCAUCCAUGCUUCGCAGCGCCCGCUCCCGACCCAGUCGGGCGACGGUCAAUAUCUGGAGAAAGAGGAGCCGACCGGCCUCUGGAAUGAUCUCAAACACUUGGGAUUCAAGGAUGCGGAGACAGCUUUGCACCUGGUUCAGGACAAGCUUAGUGGCGGUCCCGUAGAUGACCGAAAAAUGCAUAUGGAGGAGGCUAUGCAACUGGUCGCCGCCCUUCCUGAUCGUUCUGCCAAUCGAGUCAAAAUCACCAGCUCGCUUGUGGACCUCCUCUGGAAUUCACUGCAGCAUCCUCCUCUUUCUUAUCUUGGAGAUGGCUACCAAUACCGUUCAGCUGACGGCUCGAACAACUCCUACAUCUUUCCGAAACUUGGUGCCGCGAAUACCCCUUACGCACGUUCAGUGCAGCCAAAGACUCCCCAGCCAGGGGCCUUGCCCGAUCCGGGACUAUUGUUUGAUUCGCUGUUGGCGAGAGAGAAGUUCAUACCUCAUCCCAACAACGUGUCGAGCAUAUUCUUCAACUGGGCCUCGCUCGUCAUCCACGAUCUUUUCCAAACCGACCACAGUGAUUACAGCAACAGCAAGACAUCUAGCUACUUAGACCUGUCAAUCUUGUACGGGGAUACCCAAGACGACCAGGAUAUGAUGAGGACUUUUGAGAACGGCAAGAUCAAGCCAGACUGCUUUGCCGAGGAGAGACUUCUGGCGUUCCCACCAUCUUGCGGCGUGAUGCUCAUCAUGCUGAACCGCUUCCAUAACUAUGUUGUCGAACAGCUAGCUUUGAUCAACGAGAACGGCAGGUUCACGCAGCCCUCUGCCAAGCUGUCGGGGGACGCGGCAAAGGCGGCUUGGAAGAAAUACGACAACGACCUCUUCCAGACCGGCCGACUGGUUACUUGUGGAUUGUAUAUAAACUGCAUUCUGUCGGACUAUCUGCGGACUAUCGUCAAUCUGAACAGGACAAACAGCACAUGGACUUUAGAUCCCCGCCUGGAGAAAUCAACCACCUCGGGGAAUGAGGGCACACCGCGCGGAGUUGGCAACCAAGUGAGCGCCGAGUUCAGUCUCUCAUACCGCUGGCACUCUUGCAUUGGACAAAUGGACGAGGCAUGGACGGAGAAGAUCUACUAUGAGCUCUUUGGGAAGAAACCCGAUGACGUGUCGCUCCAGGAGCUGAUGAUCGGGCUGGGAAAGUACGACAAGGAGCUACCCAAGGACCCCCUCCAGCGGCCAUUUGCCCACCUCAAACGAGACACACACGGCAAGUUGGAUGACGGGGAACUCGCGAAAAUAUUCCAGGCUGGUGUGGAGGAGGUGGCCGGUGCAUUUGGUGCCCGUAAUAUCCCCAAAUCGCUUCGAGCCAUCACGAUCCUCGGUAUCAUGCAGUCUCGCGCUUGGAACCUGUGUACCCUCAACGAAUACAGAAAGUUCUUCGGUCUGAAGACGUACGACACAUUUGAGGAGGUCAAUCGAGAUCCGUACGUGGCCGACCAGCUCAGACACCUCUACGAACAUCCUGACUUCAUUGAGCUCUAUCCAGGACUUGCGGUUGAAGAGUUUAAGGAGCCUAUGGUGCCAGGGGUCGGUAUCUGCCCUACACAUACCAUUUCACGGGUGGUGCUCUCCGACGCCGUGGCCUUGGUUCGUGGCGACAGGUUCUACACCAUCGACUACACGCCAAAAAAUUUCACGAACUGGGGGUUCAACGAGGCUGCCUCUGACCCCAGCAUCAAUCAAGGGUGUGUUUUUUACAAGCUCCUGUUGAGAGCCUUGCCCAAUCAUUUCAAGCCCAACAGCAUCUAUGCUCACUAUCCUAUGACGAUUCCGAGCGAGAACGCCAAAAUCAUGAAGAAUCUCGGCCGUUUUGAGGACUAUGACUGGACUACCCCGGAGUAUAUUCCUCCUCGUGUCACCUUGACCUCCUACCAGAGCGCGAAGUAUCUCCUGGAACGUCCCCAAGACUUCAAGGUCAUGUGGAACGACGGCCUCGGGUUCGUCAUGGGCAAGGGAGGCGAGCGGUUCUGUUUGGGAGGCGACACCGUCUUCCACCGCCGACAGCGCCAGACGAUGCAGCAGCUCAUCUACCGCGACAAGUGGCACGACCACAUCAAGCAUUUCUACGAGGACAUCACGCUGCGGCUGCUGCACGAGAAGAGCUGCAAGAUCGCCGGUAUCAACCAGGUCGACAUCACGCGCGACGUCGGCAACCUUGCGCACGUGCACUUCGCGGCCAACAUGUUCGACCUGCCGCUCAAGACGGCGGCGAACCCGCGGGGGAUUUUCUCGGAGCAGGAGCUGUGGAUGGCCAUGAGCGUCAUCUUCACGGCCAUCUUCUUCGACUUCGAGCCGACCAAGUCGUUCCCGCUGCGCAUGGUGGCGCGGAAGUUGGCGACCCUGUUGGGCAAGCUGAUCGAGGCCAACGUCAAGUCCGUGACGGCCACGUCGUUCGCGGCCCGGUUCUUCGACGGCUGGCGUGAGCAUGAAAACGCUCUCGCCAGUUACGGCAUCCAUAUGAUCCGCCGCCUGAGCGAGACCGGCAUGGGUACCUCCGACAUGGCCUUCAGCCAGAUCCUGCCGACCGCCUGCGCGAUGGUGCCGAACCAGUCGCAGGUCUUCACGCAGAUCAUCGACUACUACCUCAGCGACGAUGGCGCCAAGCAUCUCCCGGACAUCCAGCGCCUCGCCCGGAUCGACAGCAAGGAAUCCGACGAGCAGUUGAUGCACUACGUCAACGAGGGGAUCCGCCUCAACGGCACGUUCGGGAGUUAUAGACGUAGCAACGUCACCCACACGUUCCACGACGGCGAGGACGGGAGACAAGUCACGGUCAAGCCCGGCGACAAGGUCUUUUGCGGGUUCGUCAAAGCCGCCCGCGACCCGGCCAUCUUCCCCCACCCGGACGAGGUCCGCCUCGACCGCCCGCUGGACUCGUACAUCCACUACGGCAUCGGCGAGCACACGUGUCUCGGCAAGGACGCCAGCAUGGUCGCCCUGACCGCCAUGCUGCGGACGGUGGGGAAGCUUGAGAACCUGCGGCGGGCGCCGGGGCCGCAGGGGCAAUUGAAGAAGGUCCCUCGUGAGGGAGGCUUCUACGUCUACAUGCGCGAAGACCACGGCUCUUACUUUGUGUUCCCCUGCACGUUCAAGGUGCACUACGACGGCACGCUGCCGGCCUUGUCGAAGGCGAAGGCGGAGUAUUGA